CGCGGGCAGAAGCUAGUGAUGAAAUAUUUGAUCUGCCGCUGAUUCAUUUACAAUCGCUACAUAAUCUCGGUUUAAUUUACUGAUUCAUUAAAAAUGUUUCAUUAUCUUUUCAUCUUUGUCUACUCAACAUUAUAUUAAGUACGCUGUACACAUAAUAUAAUGGCAAAAGUGCACCAAUAUUUGUCAUUCCAAAUAGAUUUUUUUCGUAUACAGAUUAAAGUAUAUUUUCGAACUUGUAGAUAUUUAUAUCACUAUACCUCGUUGCAUUUAUACACUCGAAGCCGUGAGAUAAGAUUAGUAUGUUUACGUUGUACUUAAUGAAAUUGGACACUGUAGUGUUUCUCUCGGACUAUCUCACUCGGACGUAGCGUUUACUCGCAUAGCAAGUUUUUGUGCGUUCUUUUUAAAAUCACGUGUACUUUUUCAAGACUCGGAUAUCUGUUCUGUGAUUGCGUCGAUUGUCAUCAGAUAAGGUGACUCAAAUAUCUGAUUAUUCCCUAUCCCCGAGUACCCGGAGUUCGAGCCUGAGCGCGGCAUGUGGUCAACCGCGCUGGACGUCCUACUAACAACACUGCGUUACAUCGCGCCCGCGACAAUCCUCACUCUCUUCUGGGGACAGCAGAGCUUCUUGUUCAAGCUACUAAAGUACAUCGACUCAGCUGUCAGAUCUUUGGUAUUUUCGAACGAAGAACAGAAGCAAAACGUGCUGCAAUGGCUGGGGGACGCUGGACCAGUACGAGUGGACAAGCUGGAAGUAGUAUGGCGGCAUGGCUGGAUACUCUGCGGUGUACUAGAUGCAGCAUUACCGGGAGCUUGCGCUGGUCAUCCGCCUACAAGACUGUCACUGAAGCACGCGCAAUCAAUCGCCGAUAAUUAUCUUGGUGUAGAUCCGGUAUUUUCCCGCCGAGAACUCGAAUCAAAUGACUCUUUGAGUAGACACCAAGAAUGGAAGUUUAUAAAUUAUUUAGAAAACAUCCGGUUAUGUCUAUCAAAACUGACACCACCACCAAAAUCAAUCAAUUCACCAAUUCAAAAGGAAACCGAAGAAGUUUCACACUUCACUCUCGAUUACAUAGCUAGAGGGUCGGGACUCGUAGCAACGCAACUCAAUCACAAAGUAUACUUCAAAAUAUACCCAACUGCCCAACAAUCCUUGGAUCCAGGAGAAAUCAAUAUUUUGAUACACGGACCUAAAGACACUUAUGGCAUUGCAGUACUGCCGCCUAUACUCGGUAAAGCCCAACUAAUAAGACAAAAUCUCUUGGGGCUGCAAUCAAAAACAUCGUAUACUGAAAAUGUUCUCCCAAUUACUCAAGGUACCACCUAUCUACGAUCAUACGGAAGUAAUGAUAUUAACAAAACUUUUUAUAUACCAAAAACGAAGUAUGACAUCGAUAUAGACAUCGAAAUAAAAGAAGAUCAUGCUAAAGUGGGUUACGUUGCAAGCUUAGAAGGAAAAUAUGAAAUUUCUAUUACAAGUAGGGGACAAAAUGUCGUAGGUUCACCAUUUAAGGUAAAGGCCUCAAACAAUAUAGUUGGUGAUUUGGAAGGAGAUAGUUUUUGCUUAGAAGAUGGAGAAGAAAUCGAUAUUGUUGAUGUCAAAACAGACAGAAAAGUAGUAUUGAGGAUCGUAGAUUUCGUUACGGAAAAAAUGCUGCUCAAUGAAAAUGGCACAUUUGAAAAGAUAAGUGACGAAGAGGCACGAUAUUUGAUGCAGACUGAAAAUGUUAAUGUUCCAAACAAAAACACCGAAUACAUAUUAAAACGUCAUAAUACUGAAGUCAAAAGUAAAUCUGAAUCGAGUAAAUUUUAUCAUUUAGCAAAAAAAGUAGUAACUUUGUGCCGUAUUUGUAAAAUUUUUCAAAACCGUAAACAUAAGAAAGUUUUGUUUAAAACGAAUGCCAGAUAUAAUAAAGACUCGCCAGAAAAACAAAAUAUUCCAGAUAUUCUAAAUUCAACAAUCUACGAUAGUCAAUUGAAGAGUCACACCUUGUUAAAGAACAAAAAUAGGGUCAUUGUUCCAGAGAAUAUUUCCGUCGCUCUUUUAACUAAAAUGCCAAAAACAUUCGUCAAAGAGAAAUCAAUCGAAACUUCAGAUACGAACAUACAUAGUCAUAUGGACAGUUUAGAGAACUACAAUACAUUAAAAGUAGAUCGUUUUGAAGAUGAUAGUAUGUCUGUAGACACGGUUCAAUCAUCAAUCAAUCCAUUUGUUGACGAUAUUUACAAUCAGAGUUAUGCAGUUGACAAAUUAGUAAAAUCCAUCAUACCCAAGGAAUUCGAAACUCAUAAUUCACAGAAUGAAGAAACAGAAAAUAUCACGGAGCAAUUAUAUGUCGAUAGACAAGUUGAAAUGAAAAAUCUAAACAUAAAUCCGUUUAUAGAUGGUAAUGAUUUAGAAAGACCGAAAACACCUGUUUAUAAAAUAAUUUCGGGAGAGGUAACAAAUCGAACUGAUUCAGUAUACAUCGACCCAGAACAAGCGUUAUCAACCGAUGAAAGUGCUUGCAACAGUUUUACAAACCCUUUUUUGAAACAUGAAACAGAAAUAGGCGGCACAUACCAAGAAAGGCCUGACUUCAUUAUCGGGGCGCCAGUUUCUCUUGUUCCAGUCAAUUUUGUUUCAUCUACAAAAACAAAUACCGAUAGAGGAUCAUGCAAAGAAAAAAAAAAAAAAACGAGUGAAGGGAAUAAAUCAACGAGUCUUCAUUGUGGAAUAGGUUUUUCAACAAAACAUACUGAUGGAGAAAUAAAAGAUCAAAACGAUGAUAAUUUUAGCAGUUUGGAUUCAAAUUUGACUCAGGAUAUCAUUAUAAUAUCAAGAGGCAGCCCUACGCCUACAACGCCCAACCAAUCUCAAACAAGUCGGGAAAUGUCACCGAAGAAAGAUACAUGGGAUUCAGCUUACGUCAGUAUAGAUGACAAUAAUUGUUUAUCAGAAAACAAUAUCAAUGAAUUAAUAAACGAAUCAUUUAACAAACGAAAGUCUCCUUUAUCAGGAGAUAUGUCGAAAAUGGGUCCAGCUGAAAGGGAAAUUUGGCAAUGUGAUAGUGAAUUAAAAGACAUUGCGUAUAAUGAGGAAGAUUAUAGAUUAUACAAACAUGAUCUCAGGCGCCCGGAGUUCACGCCGAUAAUUGAAGAAAACGAAAAAAUUAUAACUUCUGACAUGAAGGACAUGUAUGGAAAUAAUACUGAUAGUGAAUCAGUGGCAGCUACAUUUUCCGAACUAAACGAUAUAUAUGAUGAUGACACAAAUUCUGAAAAUAAUUCUGCAACUACUACGCAAGACAAUAGAUUACAAAAUUUAGGGAUUGAUUAUGCCCUACAAGGAAACGAUAUUCAUGUCGAUUCGGCGUCUGAUGUACUCUCAGAUGUGAAAAGACAUGCGAAAAAAUUUGAAGGAAAGAUUUCUGAGGUUCAGGCCACUGAAUCCUUAUCAGUAAGUCCAAGCCUUCAUGUCAAAAGUAAUGAACAUUACCAAGAACAGAAUAACAAUGACGAAAUUCAAUUUGGUGAUCGAAUAUAUUCUAAUAUAGUUUUAGAAAAGAAAAAGUAUUGGGACGAUAAAAUAAGGCAAAUUGAAGAAAAAUCUGAAGAAAUUAUAUUAUUUCAAAACAAAAGAAGAUUUACAUCGAAAUAUUUAAGGCGCAAUGAUUCUAUAGCAAAAAGAAAAGGCAAAAAAAUUGUUCAGCACAUUUUGAAGUCGGGUCACGAAGAUUAUGAAACAUAUACGAAAUCGAAUACCGAAACUUCAGAUUUCCGCAAGUCGAAAGGUUAUAUUGAAAAUAUGAAAAACCUAAAUAUAUCCGAUGAUAAACCUAUUGGAUCGAAUAAAUACAGCUUAAAUACUUGUUUUGAAAGAAAAAAAUCUAGUGUUAAAAUUGAAUCAACAAUAGGGAGGUUAUUCGCCAAAAAUCUUAGAGAAAGUAGCACUAAAUUUGCUGAUGACAAUAUUUCUGAAGGGACUAAACAUAUUUCGAAUUCCAACGUAGAAUCUAAGCAAGAAGUAUCCGAAAAAGUUUUCCAGGCAUUUGAAACAAGUCCUAAGAGAUUUUUUGGCACAUCUAGAAAACAUAUUUUGAAUAAGAUCGACACGUUUUUAGCGUCAAAUGACGAUGAAAAAGAAUCAGGAAAAGAUACAAGCGAUGUAAACUAUGAAAGUGGAUUAGUAUCGAGUCGAAUAUCCUUGUUUCAUAAUAUAUCUCAAACAGAAGAAUCACCAUGUCCACAAAUGAAGAGUAAAUCAAUGCAUAAUAUUCCGCAUCAAAGCGCUGAAACACGCUUAUCUUCAGAUCGAUUAAAUAGAGAUUCAAAAGAUGAAGUUGAUAAAAAUAGCAAAGGUUCUGAAAGAAACCUUAACUGCAGUAAUCAACUUCAGGAAAGUCCUACGUCUUUAAAAGAAAAAAGAGCUAGGUUGAUUCAAAGUGCAAAUAACAAAAGUUUUGACGAUACUCUAUUUUCUAAGAACAGUAAUACUGAAAAUUCAAAUGAUUAUGUUAAAAAAACAAUAAAAGGUUUUAGCAAACAAUACGAUUCACAAUUUCAAUCUUCAACAAGUAAAUUAAAAUCCAUUAGUAAAUCAGAAAUGGAUAUAUUCAAUAAGAAAACUAUUAAACUCAUGCAUGAAGAUUUAGAUAAACAUAAAUCAUAUGAAGAGCUACCUAAAGUGUCUGUAAAAAACUUCAUAUCACUUUAUGAAGAUGUAUCUAAAACCUCAAAUAACAAAACAAGUCAAAGUAAAAUGAUUCAAAAUGUAAAGUCUGCAGGGUCUUCGAAUAAUCAAGUUCCGAUCUCUCCACAAGGGACGACAAGCACAAUCAAAAGUUCAACUACUGCGACUCCAGCGAUACACUCAACAUUAAUAACGACAUCACAAUUGGAAAACCCUGACUCAACAACGAAAACUUUAUCACAAGAUGGUAUAAGAAUUUCUAACGACAAAUGUAUUAACUUAAUUGGUUCUUUGAAUAACAAAGCACUUUCUACUGAAGAUAAAGAAGGAAAGUAUCUAAGCCUUUCAGAUAUAGACUUAGAAAUUAUAGAAGAUGAUCAAGAAAUAAAAGAAUCCUCUUCAAAAAGAGAAACUGCUCACCUAGAUUAUAAGAAUCGAUUUUCGAAAGCCAAAGAAUUCUUCCAGUCGCUAGAAGAACUUCGAGGAGAAAAGAGGUUAAAGAAAUAUGGGCUGUUCAAUUUUGAAAAUAAUAACUCCAUUGAAUCUCUUGAAGAAUACAAACGCAGUAAAAAGAGCAAUAUUAAAAAAUCACAUUCCAUGCCAUCAUCUGAAAUUGCAAAGGCCUGGAAUCAACUGCAAGAACAGAAAGAAGAGAGAAAAUUGGUUAAGAUAUCGGAAAAGUUUAACGUAGACGAUUUGUUUGAAGACGUCAUGGAAGGAAGACUUAGUCGUCAAGGAAGUUUAAGAGGUAUACCCCAUAAAAAAGCUGUUCUUGAAACUUUCAAAUCUAUGGAAAAUUUAACAGACAGUAACUUAAAUUCUUAUGAAAUGGCAGAAUCACAGUUGCACGAAUUCGCUAAAGAUAACAAAAUUAGAAACGCACAGACUUACCUAACCGAAUAUCCUUAUUUACCCACAACUGAUCCGUCCAAAUACCAUUCAAGAUUAGACGUAAAUGCUACAGGCUUAAUAACGUUUAAGGAAUUGAAGAAAAUACCUCGAAGAAAUAGCGUGCCAGACUUAAGAUUAAAUACUUCAUUUACUGCUGAUCUAUGAAUUAAUAAUAUAUUGAUUAAUGCUAUAAUAAUUAAUAGAACAACAGCCGUAAUAACAAAGUAUAGUAUUUCUAUUUCGCGAACCCUGUUUAGCCUUUUUGGUGGUAUAAAAACAUGAAAACCAAGCAAUCAAAAACGAGAAUAAUUGCAUGUUUUCAAACAAAAAUAACCUUCGGUAAAAGGUCUUCGUGAGAUAGAUAUACUAUAUCCAACUUUUUACUAAUAAAACAGACUUUUGUCCCUAACUCAUUGACAUUUUCCGUAUUAUUGAAAUGAAUGCUUUUAUUAAGUUUUAAUUUUAAGGCGUUGUACAAUUUUGUGUACAGAUAAUGAAUCUUAUUACUCUUAUACUAAUUUUUAAGAAAUUGACGUUACUAUUUAUUUGAUAAUAAAAUUACUUAUUUUGUUA